CCAAAAAUCUCCCGGCCUCUGCGGCGCUGCCCUGCCCCUAUCGCUUCGGUUCGCCGCCGCCACCGCCUCCGCCUCCGCCUCAGGCCCUCCCUCCGCCUCCUUUCGCUCGCCCGCCCGCCAUGUCGUUGCUCACCACGGCCACUCCCACCACCUCCGCUCACUUCUCCGCACCCCUCCUCCCCUCCUCCCACGCGCACCGCCGGUGCGUCGCGGCACCACUCGGCCGCAUCCGCCGUCCGCGCCUGGUCCCCGUCGUCGCCUCCGUCCCCGACCCCGCGGCGGGGCCAAUGGAGUACACGCCCUGGCUCAUCGCCGGCCUCGGCAACCCAGGCAACAAGUACUACGGCACGCGGCACAAUGUUAGCACAGACGCGGCCCAUUUGUUCGUUUGUAUUCCCACCAUCACCGUCAGCUUUGAGGUGGGGUUUGAGAUGGUGGAUCGAAUUGCACUGGAGGAGGGGAUCACGAUGAACACAAUCCAGUCCAAGUCGCUGCUGGGAGUAGGUUCAAUUGGCGAGGUGCCAGUCUUGCUGGUAAAACCACAAUCAUACAUGAACUACAGUGGGGAGGCGAUUGGACCUCUUGCAGCCUAUUAUCAAGUACCGUUACGACACAUCCUCUUGGUUUAUGAUGACAUGAGUCUGCCCAAUGGUGUACUAAGGAUUCAAAGGAAAGGUGGUCAUGGUCGCCACAAUGGGUUACAGAAUGUGAUUGAGCAAUUGGAUGGCCGCCGGGAGUUUCCUCGUUUAUCUAUCGGCAUUGGUAGCCCGCCCGGAAAAAUGGACACACGAGCUUUCCUUCUGCAGAAGUUCAGUUCAGAGGAACGAGUGCAGAUUGACACUGCUCUGGAGCAAGGGGUGGAUGCUGUGAGGACCCUUGUGCUUAAGGGUUUUAGCGGAAGUAUUGAAAGAUUCAACCUGGUGCAGAAGUACAAGUUCCACAGGGUCUGAAUGCUUGGGUUAACUUCUGAAACCUGACAUGGUCCAACAUCUUUGGUAGUUUGUAGUCCUUAUCUACUCAUAUAGGUGUGCUGAGUUGCUGCCACAUCUAUGGAUGUGGUAGUUUGUAGUUUUGAACUACUCAUAUAGGUGUACUGAGUUGCUGCAAAGUGUCCCUGCAGUUUUGAGGAUAUUAAAACUUAUCUGGGUGUACAUAAGGCAGUGACGGAGUUUAAUGAGCAGCGCGGGGGGGGGGGGGGGGGGGGGGGAGCAUGGUAGGAUCUGAAUUUUUCUCACUGUACGAAUGGUGAAAUUAGAUGAUUCCUAAUAGACUUGUGGAAGGAGGGGCCAUAGCCCCCCUUUGAUCCCAUUGGAGGUCUGCUGCUGCAUAAGGUAGUAUUUUCUCCAUAUUUUCCUUAGGAGAACAUAUGGUUAACUGAAAUGGGAAUAUAAGAUAGGUUAGUUUUGAUUAAGGCCAUGUAAAAUUACUCAUAUAUUCUGUAAGGUAAGACAUUUGAAUUUGACGUCAAAGAUAAAAUAUAGAUCAAUUUGAUCCU